CAAGACUGUUAAUAACUCCAGAGCUCGGGGGCUCCUGGGAGCAGCAGUUGCCCCAUCACCAGGUCGGAGAGGCCAGCUCUGGGUGCCCGACUGGGAGCUUCUGAGAGGAGCCAAGAGACGGUUUGCAGCAAAGUGACUGUGUUCUGCAGCUCAGGACCUCCUGACCAUUCUUCCGUCGCCAGGCCGAAGCAGUAUGGAGAGCGAUCCGAGAAUGUCCCGAAAAGGCCGAAAGCUGGGCUCCAGCCGCCGCCGGCAGAUGCGAGAAACAGCUGAUGGCUUGGAUGCCCCCGUGGCCCCAGAGCCAGAGUCCUGGCCCCCCCAGGUGGCCGCAGAACUGCAGGCGUUCUUCCAGGACUGUGGUGCCCAGGAGAGGGGCUUUGUCACCCGCGAGGACCUGGCGGUGGCCGAUUUCUCCUUCCUGAGCAGCAAGGACACGCCGGAGAUGAUCUUCGACUGGGUGGACGUGGAGCAGAAGGGACGCCUCUCUCUUGAAGACUUCAGCUCUGGGCUCAAGAGCAUCUUUGGCUCCAGCACCCACGAGCUCCACAGAAAGAGGCCAGUGCCCUCCAAGAGAGAAUCUGCAGGCACCGGCUUCCCGGCGCUGGAGGCGGCCGGCGCUGAGGAGAAGGAGGUGUUCUCUGCCUUCGUGCAGCAGCUGGGGGCAGGCCAGCUCCCUCCUGAGCAGGAGGAGGUCUGGAAGCUGUGGGUGGCCCUGCGGCGGAAGGAGCCCCAGCUGGCAGGCAACCUGGAGGGCUUCCUGGCCAGGACGGACAGCUGCCUGCAGGAGGUUCAGGCCACCAAAAAAACUCUGGAGCUGAUGCUGCAGAAGCGGGACUCUGACCACCAUCGAGAGGUGCAGCAGCUCUACGAGGAAGUGGAGCAGCAAAUCCUCCAGGAGAAGCAGCAGCUGCAGGCUGAGAGCAACUCCCGGGACCUGGCCUUCAGCUCCCAGAUGCAAGAGGUCCUGGAGGCCAAGGAGCAUGAAUGUCAGCGGCUGACUGAGGGCCAGAGGCAGCUGGAGGCCCAGCUGCACCGCCUCAGAGGCUCACACCAGGUGGCCAUGGCCGAGAACCAGCAGCUUCGGGAGGCUGAGCGUGACCUGGCCGGGCAGCUGGAGGAAGCGGAGGAGUGCCUGCGGGCAACCAAGGGACAGCUGACUGCCACCAGGGGCCACGUGUCCUGGCAGAUGGAGGAGGAAUCAAGUGUCCCCAGAGCAGGUGAGGUGAAGGCUGCAGACACCCAGGCGGUCUCCUCAGAGGAGGCUCCCCUGGCUGGACUGUAUGGGAGCGAGGACGACUGGCACCAGCUCCUGAGCAACUUCAACACGUCCUCACGCAGAGCCCUGCAGCUCUCCUGGAGUCCACCGCCAACCCUGAGAGCGCCUUCAGCCCCCCAGACGCCCCGAGAAGUUAGGCAGAUCUCCAUCUCAGAGCCACAUGCGUUGCUGUUUGGGUGGGAGCCACCUUCAGACCUGGAUGGGGCUCCAAGGAGCCCCUCGGGGGUGCCCCCCAGGGCCAAGGAGGGGACAGGAGUGGACCUAGAUGGGCAGCACAUCAGCCCAGGGCAGCCCGUCCAGCCGCCUCACAGCCCGGAGCCUAAGGAGGAGUCCGGGGCUGGCCCCGAGGCCACCUUCCACGGGAGUUUCCCAGGGGCCCCGACAGAGGAAUCAGGGAGCAUAGUGGCGGCUGCACUCAAAGUGCUCAUUCCUGUGGAGGAUGCACCCCCUGCGCCGGUGACCUCCUCCCCUCUCCAGGCCCCAGCUGGGCCCAGCGAGCAGCUCCAGGCCUCCUACCCAGACUACAAGAGCCCGAGGCCGGGGCCUGUCCCAGACAAGCUGCGCAGGCAGAGAGAGGCCCUACAUCAAGACAAGGCCGUCCCUGGCUCCAAGCCAGGACUAAGGUCCCCAGGAGCCAGAGCCCCCACACCAGGGCUGGCUGAGCCGUCCCAGGACCCGGAGCCUGCGGGUCCGGCUCCCACAGAGGGAUUGGAGCAGGGUCAGCUGAGUCCUGGUGCACAGGAGGUCCAUGAAGGCCAAGGUCCUGGAAGGCCAAGAGAAGCUCACAGCCCAGUCCUGGCGCCAGAAGGCCUGCCUGCCCUUUCCCACAAGAGUCUGAAAGAAGGGCCCAAGGUCAAGGGAAGGCAACAAGUGGACAAAGGAAGGCAAGACCUCAGUUCAGAGCAGCCAACCAAAGCUCAUGGCCUGAAAACUGGACAUUCAGAACACCCCCAGCAAGAUCGUCUGCUGAAUGACGUACCACAGGCUCAGGCUGAAGGAGAAGCCCCUGCUUCUAGAAAACAGUCUCUCCAUGAGAGGGCUCAGCGUGGGGACGGAGCAGAGCCCCGUGAGCCCACACAGAGCCUCCCUCCCACAGCUGAGCUGGAAACCCAGCCCCUGCCCUCACCUAGAGGAGCCCCCGGAGAAGAACAAGGCACCCUACCAUCCAGGGCAGAGAACAGGCCUGAAGACCCAGGAACUGACUCCAGGGAGGCUGGGCCGACCCCAUCCCCAGGAUCCCUCGCUGCCAGUGAGCGUCCCGUUGAGCCUGAUCACCUCUUUCACGUCCUCUUCCUGGGAGACUCAAACGUGGGCAAAACGUCCUUCCUAAACCUGCUGCAGCACAACACCUUCACCCCUGGGCUGACAGCUACUGUGGGAGUGGACUUUAAGGUCAAAACUCUGCUGGUGGACAACAAGUGGUUCGUGCUGCAGCUCUGGGACACGGCUGGCCAGGAGAGGUACCACAGCAUGUCUCGGCAGAUACUCCGCAAGGCUGAUGGGGUGGUCCUCAUGUACGACAUCACCUCCCAGAAGAGCUUUGCCCACGUGCACUACUGGCUGAACUGUCUCCGGGACUCCGGGUCCGAUGGGGUGGUCAUCCUCCUCCUGGGAAACAAGACGGACUGUGAGCGAGAACGGCAGGUGUCCACCGAGGCCGGGCAGCAGCUGGCCGAGAAGCUGGGAGUCUCCUUUGGGGAGUGCAGUGCCGCCCUAGGUCACAACAUCCUGGAGCCUAUGAUGAACCUGGCCCGGUCACUCAAGAUGCAGGAGGACCAUCAGAAGGACACGCUGGUGAAGGUGACCCCCAAGAAGCCACCGAAGAAAGUUGGGUGCUGCUUCUGACCAUGUGGCCGGGAUCAGACAGCAUCCCUUGGGCUUCCUGCUCCACAGCUCCUGUCCUGCCUGCCUGGACACAGCAAUGACAGACACGGCCACCUGCCUGGACACAGCAAUGACAGGCGUGGCCAGCUCAGAGGUUCAGGAAACUGUGCUCAGGUCAGAACUCAGAUCCCAGGGUAGGGCCGCACUAACACUGCCCUUUGCACUCUGAAGAAGAAUUUUGCUGAGGUGGUGGUGGUGAAAAUUCUUUACAGAAAGGAAAAGUCUAGAAAAUGGAGGCAGGAAAACACACCACGUUGUUGGCCACACAUCUCUGGGUGGUAAAAUUGGAGGGUGAGUGUGUGGAGGGGUUAUUUCCCUUUUUAUAUGUAUCUGUAUUUCCAGAUGUCCUGUAAUGACUCGGUAUUCUUUAUAUCAUCGAAAAUAAACAUUCCGACUUCGACUCA